CUCUGUGACCUAUCGGCAGUGAACUAUCUUGACUCUGAAUCCGCCCUCUUCGACAGAAACCGUGGGAGCGCUCUAAUUGGCGGCCGUAAAAAAGAAAGGAAGUAUUUAGUCCACUCCGAGGGCUCAUUGGAAGAGAAAGUCGAAGAUAAUUUAGCGCAGUUUUAAUUCACAAGUUGGGCGUCUGGUUAUUCUUUCUCCUCCGGCAGAAAAUAUCACAACCCCUUAACUUAACCAUGUCUUCCUUCAACAAGGGACCCGCUUAUGGAUUAUCAGCGGAAGUCAAAAACAAGAUUGCGCAGAAGUACGACCUCCAGAAAGAAGAGGAGCUCAGGAUCUGGAUCGAAGACAUCACCGGCUGCAGCAUCGGGCCCGACUUCCAGAAGGGCCUGAAAAACGGAGUCAUCCUGUGCGAGCUGAUCAACAAGCUCCAGCCGGGCUCUGUGAGAAAGAUCAACCAGUCAGCGCUGAACUGGCAUCAGCUGGAGAACCUGACGAACUUCAUCAAAGCCACCACCACCUACGGCCUGAAGCCGCACGAUAUCUUCGAGGCCAACGACCUGUUCGAGAACGGCAACAUGACUCAGGUCCAGACGACGCUGCUUGCCCUCGCUAGCAUGGUGAGCAUCGACCUAGACGGCACACGGCUACUGUUUCUGUUCCGGUUUUGGUUGAAUUUUAGUCCGUCUGACGUGGACAAACAUCUACGCCGUCUUUUCUUUCAGGCCAAGACCAAGGGCUGCCAGUCACGGGUGGACAUCGGGGUGAAGUACGCAGACAAGCAGCAGAGGAUGUUCGACGAGGAGAAGAUGAAGGCUGGACAGUGUGUGAUCGGCCUACAGAUGGGAACCAACAAGUGUGCCAGUCAGGCCGGUAUGAACGCGUACGGCACCAGGAGGCACUUAUACGACCCUAAAGUUCAAAUCCAGCCCCCAAUGGACAACACAACCAUCAGCCUCCAAAUGGGAACCAACAAGGGGGCGAGUCAGGCUGGGAUGACGGCCCCGGGGACGAGGCGCGCCAUUUACGACCAGAAGCUGGGCACCGACAAGUGUGACAACAGCACCAUGUCCCUACAGAUGGGCUACAGCCAGGGAGCCAACCAGAGCGGCCAGAACUUCGGCCUGGGGCGCCAGAUCUACGACGCCAAGUACUGUCCCAAAGCCGGAGAGGUCCCGGAGGAGCAGAACGGGGCCGGCGGCGUCCGCGAGUACAUCCCCGAUUACCAAGACGAGGGUUACCAAGGUUACCAGGAAGAGGAGCAGGUGUACCCCGACGACGGGACAGAUUACUAAAAGGAAGGGGAAAGGGAGAUUGUAUGAAGGUGGCAUGUUCUGCAAGAAAACCUCAAGGGUUUAUUUUUUUUUUUGUUUGUUUUUUUUUUUAUAUAUCAAUGGGAUGUUGCACCUUUUUUUUCUAGGUCAUGUCCCUUUUUUUUUAAUUUAGUAUUGAAAGAAAUUUUCUUGCCCAUAUUUGUGCAAAGCCGUCGACACACAUAUCAUGAUGAACUGUAUUUCUGUGAUUUUUUUUUCUUUUUUUUUUUAUAUAUAUGUAUUUAAAGUGACCAUGAAAAGCCAUUCCUUUGGCUUGGGUAGUUUUCUAUCCCAGGGAUUUUUUUUAUGUGCCAAACCCCUGCUACUUUCCCCUCCAGUGGUAUUUGCUGACUCAUUAGCUGCGUUAAGGGAGAUCCCGAGGUCUUUGCAAGGGUGACAUGAAAUUAAAAGUGAAACAAGGGGAGAUAUAUAUGUAUUUUUUUUCUUCUCUUAAAACACCCGUGCUUCUGUUGUAGCUGUAUCAUCCUGUGUUAAUUUCUGUGAAAGAGCGUGUAGAUUUCUUUUUGUUCAUUUACCUUGUAUAAGCCCUUCAGUAUUGGUCACUCGUGUGUUUAAAAAAAAAAAACAGUUUGGCCGUUCAGACGGAUGAGGGAACAAAACGGUUUCUUAGAACAAAGUCUUACCCUUUACUGCCUUUACUGUUUGUCUCUUUUCUUUUCUUUUUUUUUUGUUAUCCUCUAAUGGAGGAAAUAGUUCCUCUGUUUGCAUAACCAGUCCGACUGCAGAGAGAUUUGUUGUCUUUGGACUUAGGACGGUGGGGGAGUAGAUAAAAUAAUACUCAAGUGAAGUUUUGAACAUUCCAAGCAAGAAUACUGGAUCCUUUUUAUAUAUGUGUUUCUGUCGGUGAAUUGAUGUGUUAAGUGAAUCAUUCUUAAAUAUUGGUUGAUGUGCAAACCAAUCAUACAAUUAUAUUUGAUCAUAUAUGAUGAUUAUUUAUGCUUAUUUGUGAUCUGAACAGAGGGCGGGGACUGGAUGUUUUGUACUUUGACUCUGAAUUACAUUCGGUAUUGGAUUAUGCAUUUUUUUUUUUUUUUUUUUCCUCUGGGAUAAUUUGUAUGCCAGCCGGGAGGGGGAGGGGGGGCUCAAUGUUCGAAUUGAGAUGUUAUGAUGUUGUGAAUACAUUGUAAUAAAAGCUUGUAUUCAAUA